AUGAAAAGAACAAAAUGGAAAGUUUACCUCAGAAGCGGUUGUACCUAUCUAACCGGGAUUAAGCCCAGCGGCAGCAUCCACCUGGGGAAUUACAUCGGGUGCCUAAACCCAAUUAUAAACUUGGAAGCCAAAAGGAAUGCCCACUUCGAGAAAAGAAAAAGCGAAAAGGCGGUGAAGAUAUACAAAAUAAUACUAAUAGCAGAUUUGCAUUCCUUAACAAGCUUAGAUAAUCUUCCCAUCUUAAGAAAAAAUAUCGUCGAUUCAGUUAACACCAUUCUCUCUCUAAUAAUAGACAUGUAUGUAAAAAAAAAAAAAUACAUACAGGUUUUCAUAAAUAAUGUAAAAUUAAAGCAUCUGUUGAAAUUUGGAAACAUGAAUCAAAUGCUGAAGGAAGAAAUGUUCCAGCAACUCACACGUCGCAUGACUAGCCAAGAUUACCAAUUUUACUCAUUUUUGAAAGACCCAUCAGGAAAUGAGUACUCAUAUGUGAAGAAUGAUAGUGAGGUCUGCCGCGAGCAGAAUAUCCCAUGCAAUGACGCAGAUACACCGUUUCAUUCACAGUUGGAAAAAAAAAACGAAGAGAAUCAACGAACAAACGUCGAGAAAAAAAUAAAACAGAAACACUAUUUCUACAUAUUUAAACAGUCGGACAUUGCACAACAUACGUCACUCUAUUAUUUGAUAAACUCUUUCACGUCUGUUAACAUGCUGAACACACAUGUGCACGUGAAGAAUGUGCCAAAGCAUAAAUCCGUGGCGUUACUUUCUUACCCCAAUUUAAUGUUAGCAGAUAUUUUGCUAUACAAACCAGAUUAUUUAAUAGUGGGAGUGGACCAAAAAAAAAACACCGAAGUGAUGAAAACAAUUUCAAGAAAAAUAAACUCGUACAUUCCUCAUAUGAUAAGUUUACCAAAAAUAUUCCCCUCCAAAUUUUAUGUCCAAAUAAUGAACCUGGAUGGACAACAAAAAAUGAGCAAACAUAACGAUGAUGACCUUUCAAGAAAUGUUAAAGAUUCCCAUAACAUUAUUUACCUCUUUGAUGAAAAACACAUAAUAGAGAAAAAAAUUAAAAAAAGUAAAACGGAUAAUUACAACAAUUUAAUUUAUGGCCAAUCUGACAGGAAAGAAAUUAACAAUCUCAUAAAUUUGUUCUUCUUUUUUUACUACUACAAAAUGAGGGGUGUACCUUCCCAUGUGAGUGAACCAAGCCUUGACACACCACCACUCACCCCGCGUGCCGACCAACUCUUCCUAAGCAAACAAGAGCAGACUACACAGAAUAAGUUUACAUCUGUUUCCACUGCCUCACAAAAUGCCAGAAGUUACAACCACACUGUUACCUGUUCAGACAAGGUAUACUCCCAAGUGUGCACAGACAAAAGUGACGAAGAAAAAUUACAUCCCUCCUCACGAAAUAACAUAAACCGAAACAUUAACCCUCAAAUUGGAAACCACAUUUUAUCAUUUUACAAUAAUAAUUACGCCACUUUCAAAUAUGAAUUGUCGCAUCUGAUUUACGAGCACUUCGUGCUUCCGAAAUUUGUUUACUCCGUUCUGCAGUCGGAUGGUGGUAAUUUGGUUAAUCAUGUUUUGAGUGAGGGGAAGAAAUGCCUCUCCCGCAGGGCGGCCAAGACGUUCCAGAAUUUCAAAAAAAGCUUAAACAUCUAA